AUGUGGGUCCCGGCCUGGGAUGCCGGCAGCUCUGGAAUGGGAGGUCGGCACCGGGACUGGAGCCGGUACCGGGCUGGGGGUCUGAUACCGAUCGACGACAUCGCGGACGGCGCCGUGAAGCCGCCGCCGAACAAGUACCCCAUCUUCUUCUUCGGCACCCACGAGACCGCCUUCUUGGGCCCCAAAGACCUGUUCCCCUAUGAAAAGUAUAAGGACAAAUACGGGAAGCCCAACAAGAGGAAAGGCUUCAACGAAGGCUUGUGGGAGAUCCAGAACAACCCUCACGCCAGUUACAGUGCCCCUGCGCCCGCGAGCUCCUCGGACAGCGACGUUGCCGAGAACGACCCCAUGGGAGGCAGCGACGCAGGCGACGACGAGGACGACGCUGCCAUCGCCGCAGCCGCCGCGGAGAAGAUGGACAGCGACGAGGACUCGGACCGGGGCAGCGAUCACAGCGCGCUCAAGAGAAAGGCCUUGGCUAUGAAAAUGCCGGUGGCAAAACGGCCUCGGAAAUCUUCCAGUGACCUGGAUCAGGGCAGCCCCUCCCUGACAGAGGAAGAGAACUCGGAGACGUCUUCUGAGUCGGAGAAAAACAGCGACCAGGACUUUACUCCCGAGAAGAAGCCGGUGGCCAGGGCUCCCCGGAGGAUGCCUGCAGGAGGGAGGAAGAAGAAGAAGGUGGAGUCUGCCUCCGACUCGGACUCCAAAGUGGACACGGACUCGGAGAUGGGAAGUGCGGCUGUGAACAUGACCAAGUCGGACUCCAACUCCGAUUCGGAUUCAGAUGUGUCUGUGAAGAAAGCUCCACGGGGCAGGAAGCCAGCUGAGAAACCCCCUCCGAAGCCCCGCGGCAGGAAGCCAAAGCCCGAACGCGUCCCAACCAGUUCCAGCAGCGACAGUGACAGUGACAGCGAUGUGGACCGCAUCAGUGAGUGGAAGAGGCGGGACGAAGAGCGACGACGGGAGCUGGAGGAGAAGAGGAAGAGGGAGCAGGAGGAAGAGAUCCGUCGGCUCCGGGAGCAGGAGAAGGAGGAGAAAGAGAAGAGGAAGGAGAAAGCGGAGAAGAGCGAGGAGAUGCACUCAGACAGUGACAGCAGCGCUGACGAGGAGGUGGCCAAGAAGGGCCGGAAAGGCCGGACCAAGGCCCCCUCCUCCUCAGACUCCGAACUAGAGCUUGAAAAGGAGGUAAAGAAGCCGCCGAAGAAGCAGCCCUCGGAGUUGUCAAGGAAACCGAAUCAGAAGGAGAAGAGAGGCCGAGCGGAGGAGAAGCCGCGGAGCAAGCCUCCGAAAGUGGAACGAGGCCGGAAGAAGUCUGACCUGAUCCCAGAAAGGAGGAUGGAGAAGAAAAAGGAGCCCACAGUUGAAGAGAAACUCCAGAAGCUUCACAGUGAGAUCAAGUUUGCCCUGAAGGUCGAUAACCCGGACAUCAAGCGGUGUCUGAACGCGCUGGAGGAGCUGGGCUCGCUCCAGGUCACCUCGCACAUCCUGCAGAAGCACACGGACGUGGUGGCCACCCUGAAGAAGAUCCGUCGCUAUAAAGCCAACAAGGACGUGAUGGAGAAAGCCGCCGAGGUCUACACCCGCUUGAAGUCACGCGUCCUGGGACCAAAGAUGGAAGCGAUCCAGAAAGCCAACAAAGCCGGGCCGGAGAAGGACAAGGGGGACGCAGAGAAGGGGCAGGAGAAGUUGUCGAGUGGAGAGAUGCGGAAUGAGAAGGGUGAAGAGGAGACGAGUGCUGACUUGUCAGGUCCCGUCAAUGGAAAGGAUUAUCCCAGCGCCGAGGCCGCGGGGGACGCCGAGGAGAGCUGA